GUCAAAUUUCAGUUUUGACAACUGUCACGUCAUGUUUACAUAAAUAUUUAUUUUUUUAUUAGUGAUAAUCACGUUCCGCAUAUCAAGUGUCUUUCCAAAUCCAUUUCACCGAAGGUCGUUCAAAAACUUCUACAUUCCACAAUGCAGCGGAAUGGACAAAAUUUCAACCCCUUUCCGCGGCCUUGGAUGAAGGAUACGGGGGCGGCCGCCGCAGCCGGGGGACAAGGUCUAAAGGGCAUUAUUGCAGGGGGCAUAACUGGAGGCAUAGAAAUCUGCAUCACCUACCCCACUGAGUACGUUAAGACCCAGUUGCAACUCGACGAAAAGGGCACCCGAAAACAGUACGAUGGCAUAGGCGACUGUGUGAAAAAAACCGUCAAGAGGCACGGUUUCUUCGGCCUUUAUCGCGGCCUCAGCGUCCUCCUCUACGGCUCGAUUCCAAAAAGUGCCGUCCGAUUUGGCACUUUCGAACACCUGAAGAAAUUCGCCGUCGACGACAAGGGCAAUCUGGGGCCUUACCAACGCCUACUAUGCGGUCUAGGUGCUGGUGUGAACGAAGCAAUUUUCGCAGUGACGCCUAUGGAAACCAUCAAAGUGAAAUUCAUCAAUGACAGACGCAGCGCCAAUCCCCGUUUUAAGGGUUUCCUGCAUGGCGUCGGUCUUAUUAUUAAAGAGCAAGGCGUCGGAGGCAUCUACAAAGGGCUCAUGCCUACGAUAUUAAAACAGGGCUCGAAUCAAGCCAUACGUUUCUUCGUUAUGGAAACGUGUAAAGAUUGGUACCGCGGUGGCGACCCUAAAGCUCAUGUUCCUACAGCUGCAGUUGGAGCGUUCGGGGCUCUAGCAGGAGCUGCUUCUGUGUUCGGAAAUACUCCCAUUGAUGUGGUCAAGACGAGAAUGCAAGGAUUAGAAGCACAUUUGUACAAAAAUAUGGUUGAUUGUGCUGUCAAAGUAUGGAAGAACGAAGGACCUGCCGCGUUUUAUAAAGGGACAGUGCCAAGGCUGAGUCGGGUUUGUUUGGAUGUUGCCAUUACGUUUGUGAUCUACGAUUCGAUCAUGGAAAUUUUCAACAAAGCAUGGCCUUGAUUUUGAUUUUCGUCGGGAUGGGAUUUAUAUUGUGUACAAGUGAAAUUUUAUAGGAUUUUUUAGGUACAAAAAGCAUUCCAGGAAGAGCCUGUAAAUUAUUUUGCUAUUUAUUUUUGAUAUUGGUCUGUACAUUCCCAAUUGUAUAUGGUUUUUGUUCUAGAUUUUAUCUCGUUAUGUUUUAUCAUAAAUAUAAAAUGCAUUUAUUGGUUUA